CCAAUGCAUCCUCGUUACAACAAUGGCCGGUAAUCACAAGAACUCCGACUACUCUAGUGAAUUUCCGGCGAUCGCGACAUGCGAAACAUUCGGCCGCGAUAAGCAAACCGUGGUUUCCGACUUGGACGGAACCUUGCUCCGGGGACGUAGUUCAUUUCCCUAUUUUGCCCUUGUAGCAUUUGAAGUUGGCGGACCAUUAAGACUCCUGUUUUUACUUCUAGCUUCUCCGAUCGCCGGAAUUCUAUACUAUUUCAUCUCCGAAGCAGCUGGAAUCCGUGUUCUUAUUUUUGCAACCAUGGCCGGGAUGAAGGUUUCGGAUAUUGAAUCCGUGGCACGUGCGGUCUUGCCGAAGUUUUACUCUAGUGACUUGCACCCUGAGGCGUGGCGCGUGUUCGCGGCGUGUGGGAAACGGUGUGUGUUGACCGCGAACCCGACGGUGAUGGUGGAACCGUUUUUGAAGGAGUUUUUGGGUGCGGAUAUGGUGUUGGGGACGGAGAUUGAUAGUUGGAAUGGAAGAGCUACCGGACUUUUGAAAACUCCGGGAGUACUCGUCGGAAGUCAUAAGGCGGACGCGCUUUUGAAGGCUUUUGAAGAUGCUUCACUGCCGGAGUUGGCACUUGGUGACCGGAAAACUGACUACCCAUAUAUGAAGUUAUGCAAGGAAGGUUACAUCGUACCACCAGCAACAUCGGAGCUAAAGCCGGUAACAGUAGACAAACUUCCAAAACCGGUGGUCUUCCACGACGGCAGACUCGUCCACAAACUAACCCCGUUCAAGGCCCUCAUAACCAUUCUCUGGAUUCCGGUAGGGUUUCUCCUCGCAUGCCUGCGCAUUGCGGCGGGUGCACUCCUCCCAAUGCCGCUAGUCUACUACGCCUUUUGGGCACUCGGCGUACGCGUCUACAUUAAAGGAACACCACCCCCUCCCGCGAAAAAGUCAACAGGUCAAACGGGAGUCCUCUUUAUAUGCUCACACCGUACCCUCCUUGACCCGAUAUUCCUCUCGACCUCACUCGGCCGCCCAAUACCCGCGGUCACAUACUCGUUGUCGAGACUCUCGGAGAUCAUAUCCCCGAUUAAAACAGUCCGGUUAAACCGAGACCGGACAGCCGAUGCAAACAUGAUCAAGAAGCUUUUAGAAGAAGGUGAUUUGGUUAUAUGCCCGGAAGGAACCACUUGUAGAGAACCGUUUUUGCUUCGGUUUUCCGCUUUGUUCGCUGAGCUUACUAACGAGCUCGUUCCAGUCGCAAUGUCGAACAAGAUGAGCAUGUUUCAUGGCACCACUGCAAGAGGGUGGAAGGGGAUGGAUCCGUUUUACUUUUUUAUGAACCCUAGUCCGGCUUACGAAGUUACCUUCUUAAAUAAGUUACCUUAUGAGUUGACUUGUGCAAGUGGUAAAUCGAGCCAUGAUGUCGCGAACUAUAUUCAACGGACGAUUGCGUCGAGUUUGUCAUACGAGUGUACGAAUUUUACGAGGAAAGAUAAGUACAAGAUGUUGGCUGGAAAUGAUGGGACGGUGGACACCGGAAAACCUAAAGUCGCAGCCGGGAAGAUCAUGGGGUGCUAGGAGUUGCAUGGUAUGAUUUGGUUUAUUGAUAAUGAUAUAUGCUGUACCAAAUUAUCUGGUUGAACCAAAUUAUGUAUCAAUUAAAUUGUUUGGUAGACUCGUAAUUAUAAACCACGCAACGCAAAUGUAACAACGGAGCAGGUCCGUAGUAUAAUUAUCGACAAAUUUAUAGCAUCAUAAAGUUCGGUCCAUAAUA